AUGGCUUCUCUGGUAGUAAACCCAAGAUCGGCGGUGGUACCAGCAGCACGAGGCUACUGUGCUGCUCUGCAAUACGUGCUGAGUCAGCAACUGCUGCCGAGUCAGCAUCUGGUGCAGAUUCAGCAGCUGCUGCCGAGUCAGCAGAUGCGGUUCCUCGUUAUAGCAGGCGCGGCAGAGGGAGUAACAGCAGGAGGAGACGUAGGGACAACAGGAGGAACAGGGGGAGUGAGGGGGAGAAAGAGGGAGUUUUCGGUGCUGGCGACGCAUGGGCAUGUGAGGGAUGUGCCUAACAAGGUGGAUGCUGUCUCGCCCGAAGCUGAUUUUGCCAUUGAUUGGAGAAUCUUGCCCCAGGCCGUGCCGCACUUCCGAGCCAUUGCUCUAGCUGCGUUCAGGGAGUCGUGUUGGCUACAGAUGCGGACAGGGAGGGGGAGGCGAUUGCGUGGCACGUAUACCAACUACUCAAGGGGGUUGGCUACUGCUGGUGGUGCUGGCAUUGGCCGCUGGUGGUGCUGGCAUUGGCCGGCCUCCUCUCUUCCCUCCUCAUUUGCUACUCCUUUCUUCUCUUCCUGCAGGUCCCAAGGCGUUGUGCUUGCUACAGACGCGGACAGGGAGGGGGAGGAGAUCGCGUGGCACGUAUACCAACUACUCAAGGGGUCUGCUGCAGCUGGUGCUGGCUCAGACCUCCCCUCCUCCCUCCUCAUUUACCCCUCUUCUCCCGCUCUGCAGAUCACAGGGAGUGGUAUUGGCAACAGAUGCGGACAGGGAGGGAGAGGCGAUUGCGUGGCAUGUAUACCAACUGCUGAAGGGGGCUGCAGCGGCAAGGAGGAGAGCAGAGGUGCAGCAGAGGGAGAAGGAGCAGCGGAGAGAGCGGAUGGUGCAACAGGUAUUACUUGUGACGCUGUUCUUAUAGAGCAGCAAUUGGCAGCAGAGGCACAGGAGGCAGCAGAGGAGGGAGGAGGAGCGGCUCUACAAGGUGCAGAGGGGUGGGAGGAAGAAUCCGAUAUCUUCUCCAGUGGAGCUGCUGCUGCAGAGUCGAGCCUCCCGAGUCCCGAAGCAGAAGGGUCGGAGGGCCUAGGAGGGCCGCCUAUUGACGCUGGUGGUGGUGGUGGUCCGGCCGCCGGAUCCAACGGCUGCGAUCUCACCAUCCACCGAGCCACCUUCCACGAGAUUACCCCAUCUGCUGUCCUCUCAGCCCUCUCCCACCCCCGCCUGCUCUCCCAACCCCUAGUCGACGCAUACUUCGCCCGCAGGGUGCUAGAUUUUCUCAUGGGCUUUAACCUGUCGCCUGUGCUCUGGAGGAAGCUUCCUGGGUGCAAAUCCGCAGGGCGUGUUCAGUCGGUGGCGUUGCGGUUCGUGUGCGAGAGAGAGGGCGAGGUGGCAGGGUUUAACGCGCAGGAGUACUGGACUGUUAGUGCCAUGGUGCAAGCAUGUCGCACCACCAAGGGUGCAGUGCUUGGAAGCUCGAAAGGGCUUCCAGAAAGGAAGCUGGCAGGGAGAGGCAGAGACGGAGGAGGAGAAGGAGGAGGAAGAGGGGAAGGAACAGGAGCAGGAGAGGGGAGCGAUGCACCUCUGUCCUUCCCAGCUAGACUCACUCAUCUUUUCGGGGAGCCUGUAGGAGCAGGAGCAGGAGCAGGAGGAGGAGGAGCAGGAGCAGGAGCGAGACGAGCAAAAGAGGGGAAAGAAGCGAAAGAAGUGAAAGAAGCGAAACAAGGGAAAGAAGGAGAAGGAAAAGAAGCAGAAGCUGCAGAGGUUGAGGGUGGGAUAAGGGACGGAGAGAGAGCACUGGCAGCAGGAAUGCUGGUGGAGGGCAGUGAGCUGCAGGUGCAAGGCGUGCACCGCUCGCAGACCAGAAGGUCCCCUUCUCCCCCUUUCACUACUUCCUCCAUGCAGCAGGAAGCCUCGUCCAAGCUGGGGUUCAGCCCCAGCAGAACCAUGUCGGUAGCCCAGCGGCUAUACGAGGGAGUGGCACUGGGCCCCGAAGCCUCUCGGGUGCUGCAAGGGAAGGGCGCGGGCACCUCUAAAGGGGCGGGGCGGAAGGGGUCUGGCGGAGGAGGCAUGGUGACUGGGCUGAUCACGUACAUGCGCACAGACAGCGUUCAGGUUUCCCAAACGGCGGUGGCGUCUCUGCGCUCCCUUCUGCAGCAGAAAUACGGCAGCAAACUCGUCUCUCCGUCGCCCCGCGUGUUUGCCUCCAAGGCGAGGAACGCCCAGGAGGCACAUGAAGCAAUCAGACCGACUCAUCCACACCUGCUGCCAGGCGAGGAACGCCCAGGAGGUACCAACCCACACCUGCUGCCCGGUAGGUACCAUGUGGGGUGGGCGUUUUCUGGUGGACUCAGAGCCUCCGAGGUGGUGUCUCGUCCAUCUGGUGUGUGUGGUCCCCAUCACCCCGUGUGUUUGUUUGCCUCCAAGGCGAGGAACUCCCAGGAGGCACACGAGGCGAUCAGACCGACUCAUCCACACCUGCUGCCAGCUCUGGUGAAGCCCGACCUGUCGGAGGAGCAAUGGAAGCUCUACGCUCUCGUCUGGGCCCGAUUCGCAGCCUCUCAGAUGGCAAACGCGGUCUACGACAGGGUAGCAGCAGUGGACAUUGCAGCACACCCCCCUGAUCCCUCCCUGAUGUCUAUUCCCGUUCACACGACAUGCUUUAUCAUUCCACUCUCUCUUCUCACCACCCACAGACCCUUCCGCUUCUCCCACUCCCCUAUUUCACCCAUCCCUCUUCUCCCUCAUUCCUCCCACUCCCCCCCACCUCCCCCCAAACAGGUGGCAGUGGACAUAGCAGCGUAUCCCCUCGACCCCUCUCUCGGUCUUUCUCUCUCGACCCAGCCGCUCCUUCUGCCUCUCCUCCUUCCACUUCCUUGCCUCCCUACAACAGGUGGCAGUGGACAUUGCAGCAUACCCCCUCGACCCCUCUCUGCUCUCCGCCUUCCAUUCUCAAGACCCUUCUGCUUAUCUUAUUCUCCCAACCCUCUUCUCCCUCCGUCCCCCUCCCCAACCCCCCCCCACCCACCACAGAUAGCAAUGGACAUUGCAGCAUACCAACUCGACCCCUGUCUGCUGUCUAUUCCUGUUCACACAACAUGCUUUACCAUUCCACUCUCUCUCUUCUCCCCCACACAGGUGGCAGUGGACAUUGCAGCGUAUCCCCUCGAUCCCUCUCUGCUCUCCGCCUUCCCCUCACAAAUCCCUUCUGAUUCUGGAGCUUCCGCUCUCGACCCAGCUGCUCCUUCCGCCUCUCCUCCCGCUCUUCUACGAGCCAACGCCUUUGCAAUCGCCUGGCCGGGCUUUCUCGCCGCAUACAGUGAUUCGAGGACGCUGGGCUACCUGUCCGACCUAUCCGAAGGGAUAACCACGGAACCGCCACCUGGCGAUGCCAUGUCAGCAGAGGCUGACAGCACAGCUGCCACGUCAGACGUGUUCCAAGAGAUAAUGGCCCUUCAGGAGCGCAUGUACGUGGAGCUGGAUUCUCGCAGAUUGCAUUUUGAGCUGCCUCAAAAGUCAUCUUCCCCCUCCCCCUUCCCCUCCCUCCCUUCUCACCAGGAACGCAAGUAUGUGGAGCUGGAUUCUCGCAGAUUACAUCCUACAAUAAGGGGACGGCUGGCCAACGCGUUUCUCCUCCACUUCAUGGAACCAUACGUGAAUGCGGGAUUCACUGCCCAGCUCGAAUCCAAGUUUGACGACGUGGCAGCAGGGGAGGAGGACUGGCGGCAGGUUCUCAGAAGCUUCUGGACCGACUUCCAACCGAGAGUGGAGGAAAUGCACAAGCUGUCUCCGCAAGCGGUGAGUGUUGGAGAAGUGGCGAGAGGAGGGGAGAGGGGAUUAGAGGAGAGGGAGAGUGCUGCCAGUAUUUGGUCGACAGGUGAUAAAAGUGAGUAUUUGAGACGUCUCUCAAAAGCCCCCUUUUAUCAGGUGGGGUCGGCAGUGCAGGUGACUCUGGGUGAUGGGCUGCUGGUGGAAGCAGGACAGACCUACUCAAAAGUACUGGCCAAAGCGAUUGCUGAACACUUCCUUGUUUACGUGCUCUCUUCCUGCCCGUGUCUGCCUGUACAGGUGGGGUCGGCAGUGCAGGUGACCCUGGGUGAUGGGCUGCUGGUGGAAGCAGCAGAGACCUGUGGCAGCGGAGAGCUGGAAUACAACUUCUCAAGCCGAGGAGUGGGUCUCUUUGUGGGCUGCUCCGCCUAUCCCACAUGCCACUUUAAAGCCCGAGUGGUGGAGCAGGAGGGGAAGGCGGGUACCCUAGCUGUGGCAAUCGACCCAGUGGCACACAUUAUAGGGGAGGACCCAAGCACAGGGGCUAAGGUGAGAAGGGAAGAGGGGGGAGGGAGGGAAUGGGAAGUGGGGGUGGGUGGAUCAUGGCUGUGUGCUUUGGCAGUGGCAGUCGACCCUGUGGCGCACAUAGUAGGGGAGGAGCCAAGCACAGGGGCCAAGGUGAGUGGUGCGCCUUGUGAACACUCUUUGAAGCAUGGGAUGCAUGGGAUGGGCAAUGGGACUGCCAGCUCUCUAGCAGUGGCAGUCGACCCUGUGGCGCACAUAGUAGGGGAGGAGCCAAGCACAGGGGCCAAGGUGACUAGUGAGCCUUGUGAACACUCUUUGAAGCAUGGGAUGCAUGGGAUGGGCAAUGGGACUGCCAGCUCUCUAGCAGUGGCAGUCGACCCUGUGGCGCACAUAGUAGGGGAGGAGCCAAGCACAGGGGCCAAGGUGACUAGUGAGCCUUGUGAACACUCUUUGAAGCAUGGGAUGCAUGGGAUGGGCAAUGGGACUGCCAGCUCUCUAGCAGUGGCAGUCGACCCUGUGGCGCACAUAAUAGGGGAGGACCCCAGCACAGGGGCCAAGGUGAGUGCUCUAGUGGGGGAAGGCUACUCUAGUGGUGGAGCAGGCGGCGAAGGCGUGCUCUCUGGCUGUGGCGAUCGACCCCGUGGCACACAUUAUAGGGGAGGACCCAAGCACAGGGGCCAAGUGGGGCUGACAGCACUGCACUUUAGCAGUGGCAUGGCUAUCGACCCUGUGGCUCACAAACUAGGGGCGGAUCCAAGCACAGGGGCUAAGAUCUGGCUUAAAGUGGGUCCCUAUGGUGCGUACGUCGAGCGAUCGUCGUACGGCAAAGUCUCCAAAGUCAACCGAGCAUCCCUGCCGCCGGGCACGCAUCCCGACUCGGUUGAUCUUCCCAAGGCCCUUGAGCUUCUCGCAUUUCCUCGGACCAUCGGGCCACACCCAGAGGGGGGAACCGUGCUUCUCUGCAACGGUCCCUUUGGCUUUUACGUGGAGCAUGAUUACCCCGGAAUCGGGCUCAUCAGAGCAUCUCUGGGCACGAACGUGAGUAUAGACGAUGUGACUCUAGAGAGCGCCAUCGAGCGCUUACAGGUGAAGCAGGCACGGGCAGAGAGGGCCGCUGCAAAGAAGGCUGCCAAGGCUGCAAAGACGGGCAAGGGGAGCAAGGCGGGCUCAGCAGAAACAAGCACAGAGGCUGGGAAAGUGGGAGAGAAAGAGGCGACCAAAGAGGCGAGAAAAAGAGCAAGCAAAGAGGCGGGUAAAAAGGCGAGCAAGAAUGCAGGGAGGGACAAGAAGGGAGAGCUGUUGCAGCAGGAGGAGGUGAAAGGAGACGGGAUGGGAGCUGGUGGCGCAGGGACAGGAGGGAAGGCAGUGAGAGUGAAAAAGGGCAAGGAGGCGGAGGAGAGGGAGGGGAGGGGGGGAACGGCUCAAGAGUUUACACGUGAGGAGCAGCAGGAACGGAGAGGAAGCAAGGGAGGAGCAGAGGUUGCACGGCGGAACCGACUUCCUAGAAGGCCGUCGGAACAGCUGAAGGAGAUCAUUGGGAAGGAGCACGAGCAACUGAGCAUAUUCGAAGCAGCACGGCUAGUGUGGGACUUUGUGAAAGCCAAUAAUCUCAAGACCGGAAAAAACACAGCAGCGUUUGACGAGAGGCUAAGGGAGCUCUUUGGAGUUGACGAGGCGCAUUCCACCAAAGUGCCAGGGCUGCUGCUGCCGCACAUGCAGGAAGUUGCUGAAGCGGGGAAGGAAGCUUCUGAAGUGGGGAGGGAAGCUUCUCUAGUGAGGAAGGAAGCUUCUGAAGUGGGAAAGGAAGUUGCUCAGGCUGAAGAGGGAUCUGGAAAGGAGGGAGAAUCGGCCAGGGAAGGAGGGAAGGAGCGUGGUCAAGAAACAAGCAAGCUGAAAGGGCCUAGAAAGCAAGAAAGCAAGGCAGUUGGGAGGAGCAAGGUGACAACAGAUGUGGAGGCUGGAGAAGAGGCUGGAAAGGAGGGAAAAGCGGCCAGGGAAAGAGGGGAGGAGGACCAGGAGCGAGGGGAUACUGAGGAGGGGGAGAGGGGGAAGGGGGAGACAGCUCAAGAGGUCAAGCUUCGGCCGGAGCAGCAGCGCAUGAAAGUUCUGGCAAGCCUUGGAGGAGCAGAGAUUGCACGGAGGAACCGGCUUCCCAGAAGGCCAUCGGAACAGCUGAAGGAGAUCAUUGGGAAGGAGCACGAGCAGCUGAGCAUAUUCGAAGCAACACGGCUAGUGUGGGACUAUGUGAAAGCACACAACCUCAAGACGGGAAGCCGCACAGCAGCCUUUGACGACAAGCUGAGGGCCCUCUUUGGGGUUGACUCGGCGCAUUCCACUAAAGUGCCGGGGCUGCUGCUGCCGCACAUGAAGGAAGUUGAGAGCUCUGACGGUGCUCUGAUUGCUGAAAGCCCUGAUGGGGCUCCCUUUGGGGUUGACGGGGCACAUUCCACGAAAGUGCCGGGGCUGCUGCUACCACACAUGCAGGAAGUUGCUGAAGCGGGGAGGAAAGUUUCUCAAGUGGUGAAGGAAGCUUCUGAAGUGGGGAGGGAAGCUGCUCACGUGGGGAAGAAAGCUUCCAAAGUGGGAAAGGAAGCUUCUGAAGCGGGGAAGGAAGCUGCUCAAGUGGUGAAGGAAGCUUCUCAAGUAGGGAAGGAAGCUUCUCAAGUGGAAAAGGAAGCUUCUAAACUGGGCAAGGAAGCUGCUAAAGUAGGGAAACAGAGCAAUUAUGUCAGAGCAAGCAAGGGAGGAUCGGAGCUUAUUCGUCUGAAGCAGCUUCCCAGAAGGCCGUCUGAGCAACUGAAGGAGAUCAUUGGGAAGGAGGCCAACAACCUUCAAGCCGGACCCAACUCAGCAGCGUUUGACGACAAGCUGAGGCUUCCCUGUGCUACUUGCCUCCCUCCCUCCCUCCCUCCCUCCCUCCCUCCCUCCCUCCCUCCCUCCCUCCCUCCCUCCCUCCCUCCCUCCCUCCCUCCCUCCCUCCCUCCCUCCCUCCCUCCCUCCCUCCCUCCCUCCCUCCCUCCCUCCCUCCCUCCCUCCCUCCCUCCCUCCCUCCCUCCCUCCCUCCCUCCCUCCCUCCCUCCCUCCCUCCCUCCCUCCCUCCCUCCCUCCCUCCCUCCCUCCCUCCCUCCCUCCCUCCCUCCCUCCCUCCCUCCCUCCCUCCCUCCCUCCCUCCCUCCCUCCCUCCCUCCCUCCCUCCCUCCCUCCCUCCCUCCCCUUCCAUAUCCUCACAGCACGAGCAGCUGA